AUUGGCAUCGCCAUGGCAAUUCUCUUGGCAGCCUCGUAAUCGUCGCCUUUUUUAUACAUUUUACACGAGUUUUUUGAUACCAUCGUCUAGAAUAUAGAUAAGUGCGUGUGUAUGUGCGUAUGUGAUGAUGAAAACUGUGGCCGAGCGACCGCAGAAGUAAUCCCGAAAGAGAGAUCGUCGGAUAAACGUGGUGAUAAACGCGGGCGGACCUAGCCGCAUUCUGAGAGAGAGAGAUAGUGAGAGAGUCUGAAAAGCGACACAGGUGCGUACCGACAGAGGCAUCCCGCGGAGGGAUGUUUGAAGUAACCAAGCAGUAGGGACGGAUGCACGUGGCACGCUGCGACGGUGGUGUUGAGUGCGCAGUGAUCACGGGUGACCGGAAAGGAAAGACGGGAAAGAAGGUGGUCAAUAUGACUCCUAUCUUCCUCGUCGUGUUGCUGGCGAUUGACCCGAUUAUCGCGCAGAAUACCGGAAACAUCAGCGACUCGCAAUACAUCACCUACAUGACAAGUCCACCGACGAUCCUGGUGAAGCCACAGUCGCAGAAUGUUAAAGCGGGCGGAAUAGCGAGCUUCUACUGCACUGCGGAGGGACAGCCGCCACCCCAAAUACACUGGCGAAAGAACGGCAAAAGAAUCUCACAAUCCCAGUCCCGGUACGCGGUUCACCAAUAUGAAAAUGGCGCUUUACUGCGGAUCGAACCUGUCAAACCGGCACGUGACAACACCAUGUACGAGUGUCUCGCCGAGAACGGAGUCGGGGACGCGGUUUCGGCCGAGGCGCAACUCAACGGUUACGAAGCGGACAAUCUACCGAUCGGUUUCCCGAUGAUCACUCAGGCGCCAACGACGAAGGUGGUUGAGAUGGGCCACAACGCGGUUCUUCUUUGCACGGCGGUCGGAUCCCCGACGCCCAUCAUUUCCUGGGUGCGAGAUAAUCUGCCUAUCGACACGUCAAAUCCACGAUACACGGUUCUGGAAUCCGGUACCUUGCAGAUCAUCGAAUCCGACGUAACCGAUCAGGGAAAGUACGAGUGCGUCGCCAACAACUCCGUAGGCACGGAGUACUCUAAGUCAACCACGUUAUACGUGAAAGUACGUCGCGUGGCACCGAGUUUCUCGAUUCCACCACCGCCUGUGAACGAGGUGAUGCUGGGCGCAUCGCUGAAUCUCACCUGCGUCGCGGUAGGCGCACCGAUGCCAUUUGUAAAAUGGAGAAAAGAUCCCGCGACCGAUCUGACACCGGACGACAAUCUGCCGGUCGGCAAGAACGUCUUAAGGCUGACCGACAUCAAGGAAUCUGCCAAUUACACUUGCACCGCCGCAAGCGAUCUUGGCAUAAUCGACGCGACCGCUAUGGUUAAGGUUCAAUCUCUUCCCGGCCCGCCUGAGAACGUUCAAGUGUCGGACAUAACUGCGACGUCGGUGAAGCUGAGCUGGUCCUACAAAGCCGGAAGACCGGACGAGCUGCAGUACUAUGUGAUUCAGCACAAACCGAAGCACGUGAACCAGGCAUUCGCCGAGAUAUCCGGUAUCACGACGAUGUAUUAUCACGUCAGAAGUCUCAGCCCGUACACGGAGUACGAGCUGUACGUGAUAGCUGUAAACAGCAUCGGGCGUGGUCCCCCAAGUGCCCCGGUGAUAGUCACCACCGGUGAAACAACGGAAUCGACGAAUGGAGGUGCCAAACCCGGUACAGCGCCACGGAAAGUCCAAGUGCGGCCGUUGAGCUCCAGCACAAUGGUCAUACAAUGGGACGAGCCGGAAACCCCGAACGGUCAAGUGACGGGAUACAAGGUGUACUACACGACGGACUCGAACCAACCGAUGGCGUCGUGGCAGUACCAAAUGGUGGACAACAGUCAGCUGACCACCAUCUCGGAGCUGACGCCGCACACGAUCUACACCAUAAGAGUCCAGGCGCUGACGAGCGUGGGUCCCGGUCCGCUCAGUCUGCCGGUCCAGAUCAAAACGCAGCAAGGGGUACCGAGUCAACCCGAAAUGCUUACGGCGGUCGACAUCGGGGAGACCAAAGUUACGCUCCAAUGGAGCAAGCCCGCUCAUAGCGCUGAGAACAUUCUCAGCUAUGAGCUGUACUGGAAUGACACUUACGCAAAGGAGAAGCAUCAUCGCAGAAUACCGGUGACCGAGAACUACACCCUGACGGGCCUGUACCCGAACACUCUCUACUACGUGUGGCUGGCCGCGAGGAGUCAAAGAGGUGAAGGCGCAACGACGAUACCGUAUCCGGUUCGCACCAAACAGUACGUCCCCGGGGCUCCGCCUCGCAAUGUAACCGCCAAAGCGAUCAGCCCGACCGAAAUAUUGGUAACGUGGGAACCGCCGGCCGCUGAACGCUCCAACGGAAGGAUCGCCUACUACAGGCUGCAAGUCGUCGAGAGCGGUCGCUCCGACUCCGAGGCGAAGAUAAUCAAACUGAAUGACACGCGUUUCGUGGUGGACGAGCUGAAAAAGUGGACCGAGUAUCGGAUCUGGGUAUUGGCCGGGACCAGAGUAGGUGACGGGCCCCCGAGUUAUCCUAUCACGGUCAGAACUCACGAGGACGUGCCGGGGGAUCCUCAGGACGUCAAAGCCACGCCGAUCAAUUCGACGGCGAUACGCGUCGAGUGGAAGCCGCCGAAAGCGAAAGAUCAGAACGGCGUCAUACGGGGAUACCACAUACAUGUGCAAGAAGUGAGGGAGGAGGGGAAAGAUUUGUUGAACGAACCGAUACGUCGCGACGUACACGAUGAAGGUGUCCUAGAGGCAAAUAUCACCGGGUUGCAGCCGGACACGAGAUACUCGGUGCAGGUGGCGGCGUUAACGAGAAAGGGGGACGGGGAUCGUUCGGUGCCGGUUCACGUUAGAACGCCGGGCGGUGUGCCGAACAGACCGCAGGUCAACGUGAAAGUCCUUAGCAGAAGCCCCGAUGUCUUGGAACUCGAUUGGUCCCCGCCCUCUCAGAUAUACGGCAAUCUGCUGGGUUACCGUAUUCGAUACGGUAUAAAAAAUCAAACGCUCAAGGAGGAGUUCAUCGAGGGCACGCGGCAGCAUACGUACAAAAUUACAGACCUCGGAGAACAAGGAGUCGAGUACGAGUUCAGAGUAGCUGGCAAGAACGACGUCGGCUUCGGUCAGGAGACCGUGCGAUUUUGGUUCAGUCCGGAAGGCGAGCCGACCGGGCCGCCGACGAACUUGUCGUAUUUCUUUCAAACACCCGACACCGUGUGCGUGACGUGGGACAAGCCGCUGCGACAGCACAGAAACGGACAGAUAAUCGGUUACGAUGUGCAGUUUAACAAGAAGAACGAUCACUCCACCACCAUUGACAGAAACACGACCAAGACAAGAGCGGUGUUCACGGAUUUGGAGGAGAACACGGAGUACGUUUUUCACGUGCGAGCGCACACGUCGCAGGGUAGCGGUCCGUAUUCGGAGAAGAUCACGAUAAUGACCGAGAAAGACAUCGGCCGGGCUCCGAUGUCCGUGAAAGCCGUGGCCACGUCCGAUUCCAGUGUGGAAGUGUGGUGGGAGCCGGUGCCGAACCGAGGAAAGAUCGUCGGCUACCAAGUCUUUUACACGACAACCGCGGUGGAAGAUCUGGACGAGUGGAAACAGAAGAGCGUGGGCCUAACGGAAUCGGUAGAUCUCAUCAAUCUGGAAAAGUUCACCCAGUACGCCAUAACGGUGGCGGCGCGUUACAAAACCGGUCUAGGAAGAUUAAGUGAGAAGGUAACGGUGAAGGUGAAGCCUGAGGACGUGCCGCUGAAUCUAAGAGCGCCGGACUCGUCGACGCACUCGAUGACCCUCUCCUGGACGCCGCCCAUAAGACUGACCCCGACGAAGUACAAGGUCUCGUUCGACGCCGUUAAGGAAUUCGUCGAUUCUCAGGGCAUUACGCAAACGCAAAUUGUGCCUCGCAGAGAGAUCCUGUUGGAUCCUCAAACAACAACCACGACGAUCAACGAGUUGCAACCGUUUACGACCUACAACGUCAACGUGAGCGCUGUUCCGCGCGACAAUCAGUACAGGCCACCGGCAAAAAUCACAGUCACCACGCAGAUGGCCGCGCCCAAGCCGAUGGUAAAACCGGAUUUCUACGGCGUGGUCAACGGCGAGGAGAUUCAAGUUAUCCUGCCGCAAGCUUCCGAGGAAUACGGCCCGAUCUCGCAUUAUUAUCUGAUCGUCGUGCCCGAGGAUAAGAGCACGGCUGACAAACAGCCCGAUGAACUGACCGAGGACAUGAUCACCGGAAAAGGUGCUAAACAGGAGAGAGAAAACGCGCCCUAUAUCGCAGCUAAGUUUCCGCAUAGAGACAUUCCGUACACAUUCCACUUGGGCAGCGGAGAUAUUUACGAGGGAUACGAGAAUCGGAAGCUCGAGAAGAACAAGCGCUACAGGAUAUUCGUACGCGCGGUGGUCGACACUCCACGCAAGCAUCUGUACACAUCGUCGCCAUUUUCCGAAUACUUGUCACUGGACAUGAGGGAAGUGCCUCCCGGCGAGCCACCCCGUCGACCAAAUCCCAACACGCCUCCGGAUGGAAAUCCGGAAGUAUCUGUGAAAACUAGUGGUCAGGAACCGGGCAUGGUAUGGGUUGUCGGUCCUAUCAUAGCGGCGUUGAUGGUCAGCGUCUGUCUAGUGCUCUUAUUCGUCAUUAAAAAACGAAGGCAGCCAUGUAAAGCACCCGAUCAAGCUGCUGUAACGCGACCGCUCAUGGCGGCGGACAUAAGCUCAAAUCACGCGCCGUCUGAUCCGGUGGAGUUGCGGCGCUUAAAUUUCCAAACUCCCGGCAUGAUCUCGCACCCGCCGAUUCCUAUCAGCGAACUGGGCAAUCACAUCGAACGUCUGAAAGCGAACGACAAUCUCAAGUUCAGUCAAGAAUACGAAUCAAUAGAACCCGGUCAACAAUUCACGUGGGACCAUUCCAACAUGGAAGUUAACGCGUCGAAAAAUCGUUACGCCAACGUGAUCGCGUACGACCAUUCGCGAGUGAUCCUCCAGACGGUUGACGGUAUGCCAGGUUCGGAUUACAUCAACGCCAAUUACUGCGACGGUUACAGAAAGCAAAACGCGUACGUGGCCACGCAGGGACCUUUGCAAGAAACAUUUGGAGACUUCUGGCGCAUGUGUUGGGAAUUGCGAACCAGCACGAUCGUGAUGAUGACGAAAUUGGAAGAGAGAACGAGGAUAAAGUGCGAUCAGUACUGGCCUAUCAGAGGAUCCGAAACUUACGGACAGAUGACCGUAUCCAUCACCGACGUUCAAGAACUGGCGACCUAUUGCAUUCGCACGUUCCAAGUUUGCCGGGCGGGUUAUUCCGAACGGCGCGAGAUAAAGCAGUUGCAGUUCACGGCCUGGCCCGAUCACGGAGUGCCGGAACAUCCCGCACCGUUCUUGCAGUUCCUACGCAGAGUUAGAUCUCUCAAUGUUCCCGAUAGCGGACCACUGGUCGUACAUUGUAGCGCGGGUGUAGGAAGAACCGGUUGUUUCAUUGUAAUAGACUCGAUGUUGGAGAGAAUUAAACACGAGAAGAUGAUCGAUAUUUACGGUCAUGUUACGUGUCUGCGCGCUCAAAGGAAUUACAUGGUUCAGACUGAGGAUCAGUACAUUUUCAUUCACGACGCUCUGCUCGAAGCGGUAAUCUGCGGUAAUACCGAAGUACCGGCUAGGAACUUACACUCGCACAUUCAGAAGCUCAUGCAGCCAGAGAUCGACAAUAUAACCGGAAUGGAACUGGAAUUUAAGAAACUGUCCAACAUCAAAGCCGACUCGACCAGAUUUAUAUCCGCCAACCUGCCGUGCAACAAACACAAGAAUCGACUGGUCCACAUUCUGCCUUACGAAUGUACUCGAGUCUGCUUGCAGCCGCAGCGCAACGUCGAGGGAUCCGAUUACAUAAACGCCAGCUUGAUCGACGGUUAUCGCUAUCGAGGGGCCUAUAUAGCGACGCAGGGUCCGCUUUGUGACACCACUGACGAUUUCUGGCGUAUGCUAUGGGAACACAAUUCCACGAUUGUGGUUAUGCUGACGAAGCUGAAAGAGAUGGGCAGAGAGAAGUGUCACCAAUACUGGCCGUCCGAUCGAUCUAUCCGUUAUCAGUGCUAUGUCGUGGACCCGAUUGCGGAAUACAAUAUGCCGCAGUACAUUCUACGAGAGUUCAAGGUGACGGACGCGCGCGACGGUGCCAGUCGCACGGUCAGGCAAUUCCAGUUCAUCGACUGGCCGGAACAGGGUGUCCCGAAGUCCGGCGACGGCUUUAUCGAUUUCAUCGGUCAGGUGCACAAAACGAAGGAGCAAUUCGGUCAAGACGGGCCGAUUACCGUGCACUGCAGCGCCGGUGUGGGGAGAACAGGUGUCUUUAUUACGCUUAGCAUCGUGCUCGAGAGAAUGCAGUACGAGGGCGUGGUCGAUAUUUUCCAGACUGUAAGAAUAUUGCGCACGCAACGUCCGGCAAUGGUUCAAACCGAGGAUCAAUAUCAGUUCUGCUAUCGAGCCAGUUUGGAGUAUUUAGGCUCGUUCGAUCAUUAUGCCAACUGACAAGUCGAUUCUCGCGAGCAGAGGGAUCUGUUGAGAGACAAACGGGAUCGGCAGAGAGGCGAGAGAGAUGUCGAAAGGGCAAAAGUACGACGUGUCUAGUACAAUAAAAUCGUGUGACGUACCUUCCAAGGACACAUAAAGUAGCAAACACGAUUACUAGUGUGUUGUGGGCAGUUAACAUAGAGAUGAAAUGAAUUUUUAGUCAAUGGCGUAUGCGGUAAAUGCAAAUACGCCGGAAAUUUUCACUCUUGACGAGACAGCGCGCAGAAACGGAACGCUCGAAUCGACUGCUUAUUGGGAAGCAGUUUGCUCGAAGGCUAAAUCUCUCUUUAGAAACUACGUUUAAGGAUUCGGAAGUUUUUUCUCUCGCGAUUCGGGACGCGAGUCAAAACUUUGCUGCUUGAAAAAUUGUAUGUACAAUAACGCGUGAUUGUGCAGACGAUCGUGUUCUAUAUUGUCAUACAUUUCUCCUCGUGCAAAUUUUUGCACAAGAUUCCUUCCGUCGAACGGAUUUUCCGAAGCCGAUUUUUUUAUUUCCCAAAACAUUAAUUUUUUUCCUCGUCGAUGAAAUCGGUUGCAAGAGAGUACGACAAUAUAAUCAAAAAAACAAAAAAACAAAAAAACACAAAACAAAACAAAACAAAAAAAUUACUGAGCCGCGUAGAAUUCUCGCAUUCGCAAAUUAGUGAAUUUGGAACAUAUCCCCCCUGCUCUGUCGAAUCGAUCAUUCACAAAGACAUUUUCUAAGAUCUAUAUAUAGAUAGUCUAAUUUUAAGAUAGACUGAAAAAAAAAAUAACUAUACGACCAUAUCUCUGCCGCUCGAAACAUAGUGCAUUUACCUGUUCUCUCUCUCUCUCGUGCAUGGGGGUACACACUCGUACAAAACAAACUGGAGACUGCGAAGAUCACACCUUUCCCGAAGAGACCACGCCUUUUAUUGAAGAUGAGUGCUUCCUUCAGUAGCCAGAUUACGUAGAGGAACAGAAGAAGAAGAGUGUGACGACGUCGAUAUCCGCGAAACCUAAAACAGAAGAGUACCGAAAUGCACGAUCAGUAAUUGAUUGAUAAAAAAAAAAAAAAAAAAAAAAA